AUGAAAAGCCUCUUUCUCGCAUUAACUGCGAGCUUAGCCGCAGGUUUCCCAGCAGGCCGGAUUACCACCCCCGAGACCAGAUACGCACCUCUUGUAGGCCUUUCCAACAUCACAAGAACCAAUUUCGACAAUGUCAAGAGCCGGAGUUUCAAUGGCCCCUUCAUUGGAGUGGAUUUCCCCGAUCCCUCCCUGAUAUGGGGUGACGGCUCAUGGAAAGCCUAUGCAACAUCUUCCAAUGGCAAGAAUGUCCCCGUUGCCACAUCAUCCGACGCAGUCUCGUGGACGCUCAUCGGAAAUGAUGCAUUACCAACCUUGGGUGCGUGGGUUGAUUCUGGGGACCAGGCAGUUUGGGCACCGGAUGUGCAGAAAAACGAAAACGGAGUCUAUGUUAUGUACUAUACCGCCCGUCAAUCUGGCGGUAGCCACUGCAUUGGUGUGGCCACUUCCAGGAGCGACCUUGGCCCCUUCAACCCCGCGAGCACACCACUACUCUGUGACGCCGCUGGCGGAGGCGUUAUUGACGCGUCUGGCUACGAUGAUGGCACAGAUCGCUGGAUCAUCUGGAAGGUUGAUGGAAACAGUCUGGGAGGGGCCACUACUUGCCAGAGCGGCACACCAUCUGGAUCCUACAGAUCGACGCCCAUCAAGAUUCAGCGCAUGGCUCGUGACGCUACCACGCUCCUGGAUGGCCCCAAGACUAUUCUCGAUAACCAGGGUGCAUCCGAUGACGGGGUCGUGGAGGCCCCGGCCUUGUACAAAAUACCCAACGGGGAUUUCAUUCUGUUCUACAGCACACAUUGCUACUCGAGCGACGAUUAUGGUAUCGAAUAUGCGUUUUCGAGUACCAUUGACGGUUCGUACGGGAACCGCGGCAGUUUGAUCCGCACUGUCGAUAACAAGGGGGUUUACGGUCCAGGUGGAAUGGACAUUGACCCGAACGGGUCGAGUGUCGUUUUCCAUGGGCGGCUUGCCGCAGGUCAAGGUUCUGGAACACGAGAGUUGUACAGUGCAGCGAUCACUAUUAACGGACACUCUGUUUCCUACUAA